AUGGAAAUACAUCUUAAUACCGAAUUGUCAUCAGGGCUAGGAAGGAUUUGGGGGUGGGCAUCCUGUCCUGCUUCUGAAUGUGGAACCAGUGCUGGGCAAAAAGAAAAGAAAAACAGCACGCUCGGGGUCCGGGUCGCGAGGAGGAGGAGGAGGAAGUGGCGGGCGGAGGGGAAAUGGCUGCCGAAAACAAGCCGGAAGAGCGUUUCCCGAAGCGUAUUCUGCGGAACUAGCACCUACCGUGUUCUCAACACCGCGCCACCUAUAGAAGAUGAUCAUGGGAACAGCGAUAGCAGUCAUGUAAAGAUCUUUUUACCGAAAAAGCUGCUUGAAUGUCUGCCGAAAUGUUCAAGUUUACCCAAAGAGAGGCACCGUUGGAACACUAAUGAGAGAUCAUGACGCAGCCGUCCUUUUGGAUUUCUUUUUAAUAAUGUGUGACCCUUCACCUUUGAUCCCCUGACCUGCAUUACCUUGGUAAC